AUAUCUCCGACCAAAUUGAUUAUAGCCCAAUUAUCUCCGACCACUCGGAACCUCGGAGGCCGGAGAACAAUGGCGGAGUUAGGGUUCCACCUCGGGUUUCGCCUCGCUCCCUCUCCUUCGAUCGCCACUUGUUCCUCGGCAACGACGUUCAUGAGCGGAAGGGGUCGAGAUAUGCGUCGGUCAAGCGAUCGAUCAAUAAUAUUAAAGAAGCCAACCAGAAAAGAGCACCAUUUAUGGAUGAAGAGAGAUUCAACUGGGUCUGGGCAAAAGGCCCUCAAUCUUGUAAAUACAGUUUCAAAACUUCCAAAUGACAAAGAAGUCAUCUAUGGAGCAUUGGAUAGGUGGACUGCUUGGGAGACUGAGUUUCCAGUUAUUGCUGCUGCAAAAGCUUUAGAAAUCUUGAGAAGACGAAGUCAAUGGUUGCGGAUCAUCCAGGUUACUAAGUGGUUGUUGAACAAAGGCCAAGUACUCACAUUGGGAACAUAUGAUACACUGCUACUAGCCUUCAAUAUGGAAGGGAGGAUAGAUGAGGCUGAGUCUAUUUGGAACGUAGUUAUACAAACUCAUACACGUUCGGUUUCAAAAAGGUUGUUCUCUCGCAUGAUCUCCAUGUAUGAUCAUCAUCAUCUACCAGAAAAAAUAUUGGAGGUAUUUGCGGACAUGGAGGAGCUCGGCGUGAACCCCGAUGAGGACACCGCGAGGAGGAUCGGGAGAGCUUUUGCGAAGCUAGGGCAGGUCGACAAGCAGAAGCUGGUGCUAGAGAAGUAUUUAAGCAAAUGGAAGUACAUCCAUUUUAAUGGGGAACGCGUUCGCGUGCAGAGAACACACCAUUUGGUUGAGUAGUCCUUUUCGAUCAAUGCAGUGGAUCCUCAAAUUCAAGAACGGGGAAGAUCUUCUGGAUUUCACUGGUUUUUCCCAUCAGUUUUCACGUCGAUCCGAGGACCUCUAAAUUUGUGAGAGGUUCCAAUUUUGAUCAACGGGUUCGCAUUGGGAAGGAAAUUCCUGCUCUCAGGUAGUAUAUCUUUUUUCUUGCAGAGCUUUUCCUUUUCAUCAAAUGAUAGUUAAAUUACAUAAUUAUUUUUACAUGAUGAUAAUUUAUAAGAAAAGAGAAUAUAUGUGCAAUAA